AUGGAUAUGCCUGAAUUGGCUAAAAUCUUACUUCUUCAUGUUCGAUCUCGUAUUUGUGCUGCUCUUAUUGCUUCAGCUGUGUUUAAAAGAUAUUCUAAAUCAUCUCAAACAGUUUACUUAAAAGAAAAAUUCUUAGCUCAAUCAUCAGACUUUGAAACGUAUGCUGCAAUGAUUAUUGAUAAAUGUUAUGAAUUUAGUGAAGAAUGUGCUUGUGAAUUACUCUUACGACAAAUACCACUUUUUGGUAAUGUUACAUGCAUGCAGGUUGCUAUUUCAAGUGAAAGUAAAAAAUUAGUUAAAACAGCUUGUUUUGAUCAAACAUUAAAUCAAGUAUGGUUUAAUAAAUUAUUCUUGACUAAUCGUCACACAACAGCAAAACUAUUACAAAUUCCUUCAAUUCUUACUAUUGGCUUUAUAGCGCCUAUGAUCAUCAGUUAUCGAGAGGAGGAUGAAGAGUCAACGAAUAAUACAGCAAAUAAUGCUCUAUCUGAAGAAGGUAUAAACUAUUAUGUUGAUAGACAACAUUCAAAACAAGACACAUGUACUAAUUAUUGGACACGUUUUCGAUAUUUUCAUGAAAGUUCAAUGAUAAAAAUGUCUUAUCAUUUUAUUAGUUAUGUGUGGUUUUUACUUGCAUUCAGCUAUAUGAUGCUUUAUCAUCUAGAUGGUCAAAAUACAUUGACUAUUCCUCAUUGGACUGAAAUUAUUGUGAUUAUUACUGUUUCAACUAUGUUUUGUGAAGAAGCUCGAAGACUUUAUCAUGAAUAUGAUACACGAAUGACUGAACGAUGGGGCUCAACUGGAUCCGCUUUUUUAACUGUGUUGUCGAAUGUAUUUUAUAUUAUGCCUUAUAUUCUUUUCUAUUUGGGUCUUGGCUUUCGAUAUAGUAGUUAUAGUGAAAGUUUACUUACUACUGCAAGAAUUAUUUGGGCACUUGAUCUUGAAUUAUGGUAUCUUCGAUCAUUAAAAUUUGUUAUUGCUGUUAAAUUUCUAGCAAUAGCUGCCUAUGGAGUUGUAUCUCGAUCAUUAAUUCUUUAUAAACAAGUACCAUUUACUGGUCGUGGCAUUUUUGUUCAAAUCUUUUACGAACCAUAUUGGCUUCUUUAUGGAGAUGUAUCGGAUAAAAAUUUACUUGAUGACAUAAUUAACAGUAAUAGUAGUAAUGCAACAGGAAAUGUUGCAGAAGCAACGGCAACACAUGUUUUGUUAGCAUUUCAUAUGUUAUUUAUUAACAUUCUUUUACUCAGUUUACUAACUGCCGUUUUUGCCUAUUCAAUUGAUCACGUUCAAGGCAACACAGAUUUUUAUUGGCGUUAUUAUCGUUACUCCUUUGUACGAGAAUAUUUCGAACGCUUACCAUUAUCUUAUCCCCCAUUUAUUGCUAUUUCACAUGUCGUAUUACUUUUGUUGACUAUUCAUCGUGAAUUUUGUUCACUAUUGGGUCGAAAUCAAGUGACUGCUGACAAUCAUGUACCCCUGUCAAAAAAGCUCACACGUGUUUUUAAAAUGAUUCCUACAAAUGAUUCACAAAAUGAACAAUGGGAUUCUUUUGAAAAUGCUGCAACGCAUAGUUGUAUUCGUUCAAUAUUAGAAAAAAGUGAAAACCAAGAUACCUCAACAACUAGCCAUGAAAAACCGAGUAAAAACAAUGACCAUCCAAUCAAACAAAUUAAUGACACAACAGCGUCCUAA